AUGGUAUUUUCUUCUUUUUCCUCGUUUCAUUUUGUUCAAUCUCUUCUUGGUAAAGAGAAACUUGAGGUUGUAGAAGGAAAGGUGGACUGGAAGGGAAAAGCAGCUGUGAAGUAUAAACAUGGAGGGAUGAGAGCUGCUUUGUUCAUUCUAGUGACGUUUGCAUUUGAGAACAUGGCAAAUCUUCAUCUGGCUGUGAACCUGGUGACUUUCUUCAAUGGGAUUUUGCACUUCGAAAUAGCUGAUGCAGCUAAUGCUCUAACCAACUUCAUGGGGACUGGUUACAUCCUUUCCAUUCUGUUUGGCGUCCUCGCAGACAGUUAUAUUGGCAGAUUCAAAACUGUUCUCAUUUCAGGAUCCAUCGAGUUUUUGGGACUAGCAUUGCUCUCAGUGCAAGCUCACUUUCCGAGCCUCAAGCCAUCUGCUUGUAACGUCUUUGAUCCAACUUCUCACUGUGAGAAAAUAAAAAGGGGUGAUGCUGCAUUCCUCUACAUUGCUCUAUACUUGGUUGCUGCCGGCACAGGAGGAAUUAAAGCUGCGGUGCCAUCUCACGGAGCUGAUCAGUUCGAUGAGAAAGACUCCCGGGAGGCUAAGCACAUGUCCAGUUUCUUCAACUUGUUACUAUUAGCCGUGUGCCUGGGUGGUGCAGUUAGUUUAACGCUCAUUGUCUGGGUUGAUGAUCACAAAGGAUGGGAUUUGGGAUUCAUGGUCUCUGCCAUCGCCAUGGUCUUGGGUGUCAUCAUAGCCGUAGCUGGGUGGCCAUUGUAUAGGAUACAUAUUGUUCAAGGAACUAGUGUUAUUGUGGAAAUCAUUCAGGUUUAUGUUGCAGCCAUCCGUAACAGAAAUCUUCAACUCCCUGAGAACCCCCUGGAGCUUUAUGAGAUUGAUAAGGACAAGGAAGCUGCUGUGGAAGCUGAUCUCCUGCCUCACAGAAACGUUUACAGGUUCCUGGACAAAGCAGCCAUUCAAACAGCAUCUACAGCGCAGUCUCCAAAUCCAUGGAAACUCUGCAGGGUAACUCAAGUAGAAAAUGCAAAAAUCAUAUUUGGAAUGAUCCCAGUUUUUGCUUGUACCAUAAUCAUGACCCUUUGCCUAGCUCAACUCCAAACCUUUUCUGUCCAACAAGGCCUUACCAUGGAUACAACCAUCGUUGGCUCUUUCCACAUACCACCUGCCUCUCUGCCAAUAAUUCCUGUUGGUUUCUUGAUCAUCAUAGUUCCCUUUUAUGACCAAAUUGUCGUUCCCCUCCUCCGGAGGUUCACAGGGCAUCCCACAGGUAUCACUCACCUUCAACGUAUAGGAGUUGGCCUUAUUCUCUCUUCUAUAUCCAUGGCUGUGGCUGCAAUAAUGGAAGUGAAACGCAAAGCUGUGGCACGAGACCACAACAUGCUAGAUGCUAUUCCAGUGCUCCAGCCAUUGCCUAUUAGCACAUUCUGGCUCUCAUUCCAGUACUUCAUAUUUGGAAUUGCCGACAUGUUCACGUAUGUGGGUCUUCUUGAAUUUUUCUAUUCAGAGGCUCCAAAAGGACUUAAAACGGUCUCUACUUGCUUUUUGUGGAGUUCCAUGGCACUUGGGUACUAUCUCAGCAGCAUUUUGGUUAAGAUAGUCAACAGAGCAACAAAAGAUAAUACAAACAGUAGAGGCUGGUUGGCAGGCAACAACAUUAACAGAAAUCAUUUGAAUCUCUUCUACCUGUUGCUAUCCGUACUGAGUUUGGCCAAUUUCAUUGUCUAUUUGUUCGUUGCAAGCCGUUAUAAAUACAGGUCUGAGUGCCCUGUGGUUCUUUCUGGCGAUGACAAAGCCGGAGACAAGACAGAAGGUAAUUAGCUACAAUAUCAUGUGAAGAAGCCAACUGAUACGCGAAUGGACAUUUCUUUUCUUCCUUAAUUUGUUUCUACUUCCCUUUGGAUGGUUAUUUUCAAGUUGGUGAAGCUGUAGAGGGUUUGAAAUGCAUUUGUUAUGUUCAUUAACUAAAUGUGUCAUGUUCUGGA